UGCGCGCGGCGAUGUCGAGCUGUCAGUCAAACCGAAAGUAAAUAAAGCGUAUAUAAGCACGCGCCGAACUCUCUCCUUUAUCCUCAGAAGCAGCGGCUCUGUCUUACAGCAAACAUGGGCAACUACUUCUCGCAGCUUUUCUCCCGCGUCUUUCCGAGAAAGCAGAUUCGGCUGCUCAUGGUUGGUCUGGACGCCGCAGGGAAAACAACAGUGCUCUACAAACUCAAACUCGGGGAAGUUGUCACAACUAUUCCGACUAUCGGUUUUAACGUGGAAACGGUUGAAUAUAGAAACAUCUCGUUCACGGUGUGGGACGUCGCCGGCCAGACCAAAAUCAGAGGUCUUUGGAAAUAUUAUUACCAGUACACCGAGGGCCUGAUCUUCGUGGUGGACAGCAGCGAUCGUGACCGGAUCGAAACGGCAGCAGAGGAACUGAACGCGAUGCUGGCGGAGGACGAGAUGAGAGACGCGCUUCUGUUGGUUCUCGCUAACAAGCAGGAUUUACCCAAAGCCAUGCCGGUCCACGAGCUGACGGACAGACUGGGUUUACACGCACUGAGAGGAAGACAGUGGUUCGUUCAGGCCACGUGUGCGGUUCAAGGAUCAGGUUUAUAUGAAGGACUGGACUGGCUCUCCGAUCAACUCUCCAGACGAUAAAACACUCCAAACCACUCAAACUACUUGAAUGUACUCUAUAUAUUAUGUCUCCAAGUUUAUUUUUGAUAUUCCUGUAUAUAUUUAUAUAUCUAGCAUACAGAAUUCUAGUUUAUUUCCCUCUGUAUUGUUAAUUUUCCACUAUCAAGAUAUUUUUUAAACAUUUUAGUGGUUCUGAUGUUCAUUUUGUGCCUUAAUUAUGACUUACGCACUUUACUGAAUGCUGUGAUUUUGUUAUUUUAUUAAUCUGGCGCACUGCUGUAUGCAAUGUACUGUUAAUUCACUGUUAAUUUGUGAAAGUUGGACUCAUUGUAAUGUGUGUUGUGUUGUGUUCGGACUUUAUAAAAGAACAAACUGAUGUCUGUCUGAAAAAUAAUAAAAAAAUAAUGCAUA